UCCUUCAAUCUUCUUCACUUUCACAGUAGCUUCUCUUUUACUCUUUCAGAGCACUGUCCGAUUUGUUCAUCUCUUACAGAAGAAUAUCUAUUAUCAUUUCUCAAGUCACAAUGCAAGACAUGUGGAAUGUUCCUCCGGGUUUUAUACCCUCCAAAUCUGCACCUUCUUCUCCUGCGAAGCCUCUCGGAGCAGUUCUCAGAACGCGCUCUGAGUCCUUUCAUGUCACCCACAAGGUCCCGGUUGGUGACACUCCUUAUGUCAGAGCAAAAAAUGUUCAGUUGGUGGAUAAGGAUCCAGAGAAAGCAAUUCCGCUGUUUUGGGCAGCCAUUAAUGCGGGAGAUAGGGUGGACAGUGCUUUGAAAGAUAUGGCUAUUGUCAUGAAGCAGCAAAAUCGGGCUGGAGAAGCCAUUGAAGCCAUUAAAUCCCUUCGAAGUAGAUGUUCAGAUCAAGCCCAAGAAUCUCUUGAUAAUAUCCUCUUGGAUCUUUACAAGAGGUGUGGAAGACUUGAUGACCAAAUAGCCCUCUUGAAGCACAAGUUGUACUUAAUUCAACAAGGGUUGGCAUUCAAUGGUAAGCGCACAAAGACUGCGAGAUCUCAAGGGAAAAAGUUUCAAGUUUCUGUUGAGCAAGAAGCCACGAGAUUGCUGGGAAACUUGGGUUGGGCACUGAUGCAGCAGAACAACUACAUAGAAGCAGAAGAGGCUUAUCGCCGGGCGCUGUCUAUUGCUCCUGACAACAAUAAGAUGUGCAAUCUGGGCAUUUGUUUGAUGAAGCAAGGAAGAAUUGGUGAAGCAAAAGAGACACUGUACCGUGUAAAGCCUGCAGUUAUGGAUGGCCCUAGAGGCUCAGAUUCUCACUUGAAAGCCUAUGAAAGGGCACAACAGAUGCUGAAAGACCUUGAAUCUGAGAUGAUGAAUAAGGGAGUCGAUAGGAUUGAACAAAGCAGGCUCUUUGAGGCCUUUUUAGGUUCUUCAUCAAUAUGGCAACCCCAGCCUUGCAAGGAUCACCACACAACCUUGCCAGCAGCUACAAAUUCAUCCAGAAUUCAAGAUGAUUUUGCUGAUGAGAACAUCAAUUCCAACACAAUAACCAAAAAUCACACAGCACUGCCACCACCUAAAGGUACCACUACUACUACCAACAAACAAACUGUUACCAUGUUGGGGAACUCACUCAAUGUUGCAGCUCCUCCCUUUUAUGCAUCAAAAUCCAUGCUGAGAGAACCAUUUGAGAACCAGUUCUCGGAGACCCUUAAGAGAACAAGGUCUGGAAACUCUGCAGGGUCCAUGAGAGUGGUUAGUGAUGUGAGGGACAGGGACAGCAGCAACAAGUUGCAAGUGGAAUUAGAGGUGUCAGUGCCAGAGAACAAAACAAGAAGGCUCUCAUCAGAGGAUAGUCAGAAGAACAAGUUAACAGAUAUGUUACCUGAUGAUGAUGACUUUGAAGAGGCGAUUCUUGCUGCAAUUUUGGGACCUUCCAAUGAUAAUAAAGCUACUGAGACAAGCAGAACUUUGCAGAGGAAUAAUGACAAGAGGCUUAAGGUUUUUAAGGAUAUUACGCUGUCUCUGAGUCCAAGAGCUUGAAGUGGAACAAUUUUUAAUCUAAUGAAUAAUGAAUCAACAUAAUGUUUUUAGGUUGGAGAUGAUCUUGCUCUCCACUUGAUGUUUUUAACUUCUUUUCUGUAGAGUGAAGCAGUAUGGUGCUACUUACGGAUAGGAAUAGCUUCAUGACUUUAGGCAUGGAAUCAUUUGUUACUAUCUAUUUAUUUGUUAUAUUGCCUUGUAAACAGGGCACAUCAUUGACUUAAUAAAUUCAUAUCAGUUUUCCCUUCUUAAUAAA